UAUAAGAAAAAGGCAGAACAACCUGAGCCAUCGCCUCCACCACAGCACACCCCGCCUCCACUCCACGCACACAUCCACCGUAGACCGGACGUUCGCACGCCGCGAAAGGCUUUAGCUCAGCUUUACCAUUCUGGCAUUUACGGCAGUCAUUCUUCAGUUGUCAGUAUGGGACUACCGAGCGACGACAUCGUCGUGAUCGAGAAGGGAAAUGAGAAGGGAAAUGGGAAGGACGAACCCUUCGUCAUCACGAUCAAUUGCCCCGAUAAAAUGGGACUCGGAUGCGAUAUUUGCAGAAUAAUCCUUGAAUUCGGUCUCUACAUAACUAAAGGAGAUGUUUCCACUGAUGGGAGGUGGUGCUACAUUAUAUUAUGGGUAGUUCCUCGUUCCAGCUCCCUCAUCUUGCGAUGGUCGAAUAUAAAAGACCGCCUCCAAUCAAUAUGCCCAUCAUGUUUGGUGUCGUUUUACUUUGACCAACCAUCUACACGCUCAAUGUCCUCUGUAGUUUACCUACUGAAGUUUUUUUGCCUUGACCGGAAAGGGCUGCUACAUGACGUUACGCAUGUUCUCUGCGAGCUUGAGCUUAAAAUUCAAAGAGUCAAAGUGAUGACGAUUCCAGAUGGCAGAGUUCUUGACCUCUUCUUCAUUAUGGAUAGCAUGGAGAUUCUACACACAAAGACGCGACAAGAUGAGACAUUGGAACAAUUGCAUGCUGUCUUGGGUGAGUCCUGUAUCAGCUGUGAACUUCAGUUGGCAGGUCCCGAGUAUGAAUGCCAUCAGGGGAUUUCUUCUCUUUCUCCUGUAGUAGCUGAGGAGCUAUUUAGAUGUGAGUUUUCAGAUAAGGAAAUCUGCUCUCAAGCUCUUAGUCCAGAUAUGGCAAUAUUGAAGAAGGCUAGUGUGACCAUAGACAAUUCAUUGAGUCCAGUUCAUACCUUACUUCAAAUACACUGCGCUGAUCACAAGGGUCUAUUAUAUGACAUCAUGAGAACUUUGAAAGAUUGCAAUAUUCAGAUAGCUUAUGGUCGAUUCUCACCAAAUACAAAGGGCCAUCGUGAUUUGGACCUAUUUAUUCGGCAAAAUGAUGGGAAAAAGAUUGUGGAUCCUGAGAAGCAGAAUGCAUUGUGUUCUCGUUUGAAAGAGGAAAUGCUUCAUCCGUUGCGUGUCAUUAUUGCAAACCGAGGACCAGAAACCGAAUUGCUGGUUGCUAAUCCAGUUGAGUUAUCUGGAGAGGGAAGACCUCGAGUUUUCUAUGAUGUUACACUUGCUCUAAAAUUACUUGGGAUCUGCAUUUUCACGGCUGAAAUAGGAAGGCAUUCAACAUCAGAUCGUGAAUGGGAGGUCUACAGAUUUCUUCUGGAUGAGAACUGCAAAUUUCAGUUAUCCAAUAUGAUAGCUAGGAGUCAGAUUGUAGACAGAGUCAGAAGAACAUUGAUGGGUUGGUGAAUAUAUUUUUUCCUUUUUGCCAAGAUUCUGAGUUGAUCUCACCUUUGUGACCUCUCUCUCUCUCUCAUGCAUUUUGGCUGAGAAGAUCUAUGACUCAUAUUAAUGAUGCAUUAAUAUUUCAAUUUUUGUUUUUUCCCCAUUCCCCGAGCAUGUAUGGUGCAUCAGUUAGCAGUUAUCUGAUGCAUAGAGCUUGUAUUCCUUAAUCUGCAAGUCAUGACUGUAUGUUGAGCACAUUUCCUAAUAAUGGUGAAUGCCUUUUAUGCUUCA